AUGGAAUUGAAUGGUGAACGAGAUAUAGCUGGUAUUUUAAGCGCGGCUUUAAUGCCAUUGAAAGAUAUGAAAGAUGCAGAUAUUUUGAACCAGUAUGAAAUGAACAUGGCUGAUGGAAACAUAACACCUGACGUUCUAGAACAUUUAUCUCAAAGAACUACACAGAACCAUAGAGAUGGUAUAUUUGGUGAAGAGUUUAGAAAGAAAGUUAGGGAGAGCGAAGGAAGAGAACCUAUUGUACAUGACCUUGCAAACGAAAGUUUACAAAAUGUCAUAAAAACUUACUUUGCAGACAAUGAACCGAGAAGGGAUGAAUAUUUAAGAAAACUCAAAUGGACAGUACCAAAUGAAAUGUUAGUAUUGAAAAACAUGUUCCUUGACAAAAUAAAACCAACUACAGAAAUAAACGACGCAAGACUGAAAGAUUGGGUAAAAGCUUUCCCAUUCACAAAAGAUAUAGUUGGUAACAUGGAAAGAAAACCAGAAUGGCUACAAAAACAUAUAUUUGGAAACGAGCAUAUUCCAUAUGGACAGGCACUGUUUGAAGAGCUUGAACCGGAAACUCAGGAAAGAGUCAUGCAAACAAUACGCGAAGACUCAAAUACAGACUAUGACAAACUCUUUCUAGGAUAUAGGUUACCUGAGAUGGGCGACCAGAGCCAAAAGGCAAAAAGGACAUGGGAAAUUUGCAACAUACUAGAUGAACAUAAUGCAAAGAUGCAACAACUUCAAGCAGAGGGCAAUGAAGGAAAAAGAAGAGUUAAAAACUCAGUCAGGAAGAAAGUAAAGCUUGGUCGGAGUGGGUUCUAUUAUGACAUAUAA